UGCGGGAUUCGCGAGCCGCGUUACAUGCAUGUCCAGUGGGGGUAGGUUUAAUUUUGACGAUGGAGGGUCCUACUGCGGAGGCUGGGAGGACGGCAAGGCGCACGGCCAUGGCGUCUGCACCGGCCCCAAGGGCCAAGGCGAAUACACCGGCUCGUGGAGCCACGGCUUCGAGGUGCUGGGCGUCUACACCUGGCCCAGCGGCAACACGUACCAGGGCACUUGGGCGCAGGGCAAGCGCCACGGCAUCGGCCUGGAGAGCAAGGGGAAGUGGGUGUACAAGGGCGAGUGGACGCACGGAUUUAAGGGGCGCUACGGGGUGCGGGAGUGCACGGGCAACGGGGCCAAAUACGAAGGGACCUGGAGCAACGGGCUGCAGGACGGCUAUGGCACGGAGACCUACUCGGAUGGAGGGACGUACCAGGGCCAGUGGGUCGGCGGCAUGCGCCAAGGCUAUGGUGUGCGGCAGAGCGUCCCCUAUGGCAUGGCGGCAGUGAUCCGCUCGCCUCUCAGGACGUCCAUCAACUCCCUGCGCAGCGAGCACACCAACGGCACCGCGCUGCACCCGGACGCCUCCCCGGCGGUGGCCGGCAGUCCGGCCGUGUCCCGGGGCGGCUUCGUGCUGGUGGCCCACAGCGACUCCGAGACCCUCAAGAGCAAGAAGAAGGGGCUGUUCCGGCGCUCACUGCUCAGCGGGCUGAAGUUGCGCAAGUCCGAGUCCAAGAGCAGCCUGGCCAGCCAGCGCAGCAAGCAGAGCUCCUUCCGCAGCGAGGCGGGCAUGAGCACGGUCAGCUCCACGGCCAGCGACGUCCACUCCACCAUCAGCCUGGGCGAGGCCGAGGCCGAGCUGGCGGUCAUCGAGGACGACAUCGAUGCCACCACCACGGAGACCUACGUGGGGGAGUGGAAGAACGACAAGCGUGCGGGCUUUGGCGUGAGCCAGCGCUCGGACGGGCUCAGGUACGAGGGCGAGUGGGCCAGCAACCGGCGGCACGGCUACGGCUGCAUGACCUUCCCCGACGGCACCAAGGAGGAGGGCAAGUACAAGCAGAACAUCCUCGUGAGCGGCAAGCGCAAGAACCUCAUCCCGCUGCGCGCCAGCAAGACCCGGGAGAAGGUGGACCGGGCGGUGGAGGCGGCCGAGCGGGCAGCCACCAUCGCCAAGCAGAAGGCCGAGAUCGCAGCGUCCAGGACCUCCCACUCGCGGGCCAAGGCCGAGGCCGCCCUCACGGCGGCUCAGAAAGCGCAGGAGGAAGCCCGGAUCGCCAGGAUCACUGCCAAAGAGUUCUCUCCUUCCUUCCAGCACCGGGAGAACGGGCUGGAGUACCAGAGGCCGAAGCACCAGGGCUCCUGUGAUGACAUCGAGGUGCUGUCCACCGGCACACCGCUGCAACAGGAGAGCCCCGAGCUGUACCGCAAGGGCACCACCCCUUCAGACCUGACCCCGGAUGACAGCCCGCUGCAGAGCUUCCCCGCCAGCCCCGCAGCUACGCCUCCGCCGGCCCCCUCCAGGAGCAGGGCGGCCCACUUCUCACGACAGGUCUCAGUGGACGAGGAGAGAGGCGGGGACAUCCAGAUGCUCCUGGAGGGCCGGGGAGGGGACUACACCCGGAACAGCUGGGGUGAGGAGAAGGCAGGGGGCUGCAGGGGCGUUCGCAGCAGCGCCCUGCGCAGUAGCCAAGGUACCGAGGACUUCCGCACCCGGGGUGCGGGCCACAAGCAGCCCGGGAACCCCAAGCCCCGGGAGCGGCGGACGGAAUCCCCCCCAACAUUCUCGUGGACUUCCCACCACCGGGCGGGCAACCCUGGCUCCGGGGGUGCCAAGCUGCAGGAGCCCGACGAGGAGCAGCUGAGCAACUACAAGCUGGAGAUGAAGCCUCUGCUGAGGAUGGACUCCUGCACACCAGAGCCGCACCCCCAGAGGAGACGCCACGGCCGGGGCGCGGGGGGCGACCGGCGCUCCGAGGACCGGGGCUUCGGGCUGCAGAGACUGAGGUCCAAGUCCCAGAACAAGGAGAACCUGCGGCCGGCCUCCUGCGUGGAGCCUACCGUGCAGAAGCUGGAGAGCCUGCGGCUGGGGGACCGGCCUGAGCCUCGGCUGCUGCGCUGGGACUUGACCUUCUCCCCACCCCAGAAGUCUUUGCCUGUCGCACUGGAGUCCGAUGAGGAGAACGGGGAUGACCUCAAGUCCAGCACAGGCUCAGCUCCCAUCCUGGUGGCCAUGGUGAUCCUGCUCAACAUUGGAGUCGCCAUCCUGUUCAUCAACUUCUUCAUCUGAGAGACUGUCCCGCUCGCAGAAGCAACGGUAUGCAAAGGGGAACUGGAAAGGGAACGCCCCGCUCGGACAGCCCCAGGACUUCCAGUCUUUUCACAGAAGAACACCACGGUUGGGUAUUACUCACAGUUUGCCUUUUUUUCUGGGUAAUGUUUUUUGGAUUUUAGCCAAAUUCUUUGCUUGUGUAACACUAUGCUGUGUGGCAUGGCAGAAGGAGGCCAGCACGCCGACCCUCCCGCUUGACGUGGAAAGAGAAGGGAUCCGGCAUACCAGCGGCAGAGAAGUCGUGGUCCUCGCCCUUCCCGCUGGGUGUGGACAGAGGUGGCGGUCGAGGAAGCGCUCACAGGGUACCCAGCUAGCCAGGCUAACACGGAAGGCCGAGUGACUUUGCUUUCCUCUGUCUGAGCAGCUGGCCUUGAGCAUGGGCGCCAAGCAUGGGGAGUAGGGUGUCCUGUCCUGCUGGGAGCAGCCCAGGCCUUUUUCUACUUCAAAUCUGUGCUGCAUCCUCAAGGGGAAGGAGAACCACGCUUCUCUUCUCCCACACACCAGACCACGGCCUCCCUCCUCUUGGCACUGCCCCAUGGCCUCCUUGUGAGGCCACCUCCCCACACCGAGUCUUAACACAGAGUCCUCCCUGCCCCACCCUACCCACUCACCGUCACCGUCGGCCGUCCGCUCAGCACACACAGGGAGGCUGUGCUGCAGGCGUCCGGGGUGACCCAGAUCUGGCUGGCACAGCCAAGUGCUGCGGGGCUGUGCCCCAGGCGUGAGGGCUGGGGCCCACUGUGCCAUGGACAGUCUGACAUCAUGCCUGGGCUCUGAGCAUGUGGCACUUUUGCACUUAGUAUGCAGGAUGUAUAUUCAGGCUUCCGUCCCUGGCAGUGACGCCCCAGAAGCUGUCACCUCUUGCUGUUACCUCCACGGUUCUCACAUCUCUGUACUGUGCCUGCCUCCACUUCCCCAACAGAUAUGCAUAUUCCUUCCAGAUGCCUCAGUGCUACUCCAGCGCAGUUCUGGCCCCGGGACAGGAAUGUCAUUGAAACCCAGUGGCUUGACUUUCCUAGACGUUGUUGCAUACCUGACACCUCCCCAAUGUGCAAUGUUCAACUCGUUUCGGUCAAACAAAAACAGGUUCCUUACGUUUCUGCCUUCUCUAUCAGGGUCGUUCCAUUAUCCAAACAAACGAGGGAUGCCAGACCGCCUGGUGGCCGAGGGCAGCCCAGGCGUGUCCGUAGGCAGGAGCCUGCGUGCAUGCCUGGGAGGCCGGCGCUCGUCCGUCUCAUGGACCCUGCCUUGCUUUGCUUACGUUAGCCGUCUCUGCUGCCUUUCGAGCAGAGCUUCUUUACUACACUGCACUGGAUUGCUAUAUUUUUAACCAGAAAUAAACUAAAGAUUAGAGCAUGUUGCAGUCACAUUCAGUUUCUAUUGUUUUCCGUUAUCCAUUCACUCCCCGUUCCUUCUCACAGUUUGGUCUGGGGGGCACAGGAGAGGGAGGGAUGCUCAGCAGAUGAUCCAUUUCUGACAAUGUUCCUUUCUAAAGGGAUAUUACAUCUUUUGUACAUCUUUCCGUUCCUCUUUUUUAAUAUCAAGUGGUUGCUGCAGACCUGAAGUGAACCAAAUAAAGAUUCCUGCUCUUUGCAGCUCUAAGAAUCA